AUGACUUCUAUGGCUUCUGAAAAUAAAAAAGUUACCAUUACUGACGAUUUGGAUGAUUUGGACGAACUCUUUGAUGAGGUACUGGACGACUUUUCUUCACAGUCUAGUUCAAAUAAGCCGUCUGGUUCUUCUGCAUCAAGAUUUCCUUCAAAUGCACCACCUGAUAAUAUUGGAGAUCAAGUUGAUCCAUCUAUACAAGUAGACGAUGAAUAUGCAAAACAACUUGCUGCUGAUAUGGAUGUUUUUGUCAAAGAAUUGGAGGAAAAUGAAGAAUUAAGAAUGGCAAUGCAAGGAUUUAUGAAAACUAUUGGUGAUGUGGAUGAGAAUUUUAUAAAUAAUUUAAAUGAAACUAAGGGACCUAGUGUUGGAAGUAAUAACAAUUAUGGGAAGUCCACUACUGACUCCAAAGGAACCUCGUUCCAAGAUAAAAUCAAUCAAACAAUGAAUAAGCUACAAAAUACUUCGGAACAACUUGAUGCUGAAAUUACAGAUGGAUCGAAUGAUUUAAUGGAAGAGAUGAUGAAGCAUUUAGAAAGCGUGGGUAAUUUGUCCGGACUCUCAGAUAUUGGCGACAUGGAAGAAAAUUUUAACGGUGGAGAAAUGGAAAAAAUUUUUGAAUUUAUGAUGGAAACAUUAGCGACAAAAGAUUAUUUAUAUGAGCCAAUGAAAGAAUUCGCGCAAAAGUUACAAGACUUCGGACAACCACCACCAGAAAUCAUAAAUGAGUUGGCACCGGGAAUGGAUCUCGAUGAACAAGGAAUGCCAAAAUUGUCUGCAUCUGAUUUAUCAUCAUCAU